CACACUGCAUGCAUCGCCAAUAUGCGAACCAGCUUGUCCUGUGACCGCUGCAGGAAAUCCAAGGUGAAAUGCCACCAUGACGGCCACGCGCCGUGUCAGCGAUGCGCGAAAGCAGGCAUUCCCGACUGCGCGCUUUCACGGCCAGAAACCGCUAUAUCAAGAUCUAAUGCAAGGAGGUCGCUUACCAUGCGACGGUCCGUGGAUCCGUCUCCCGUUUCGCAGAAUCCGACACCCGUGCGUAGCUCUGUGAACCAGGACGGUGACAGCAGUGCUACACUAUCUGAGAGCAGUGUAACGCAUCAUCUUGCAGCCUUGCCGCUUGGUGUCAUUAUUAAAUGUCUCAAUGCGUUUCACAACAAGUUCCCCGAACUCGCCAUUCUUCAUCUUCCCACUCUGAGCCAAAAUCUCCAGUCGGGGCCAUCGGUCCGUAGCGAAGCGUUACUGGCCGCCAUCCUCGCCGUCACAAAGCCGCAGCUCACAGCUUCCAAAGUGGACUGGGCGCAUGUCCUGCUUGACAGAGAGCAGUACGCUUCUCAUGCUAAGCAGCUACUAACAGAUCUAAUGUUCCAGCCACCGGAAAUUUAUGUUGUUCAGGCUCUUCUUAUCAUAACAUUGCAUGAAUGGGGCAUGAGAGACUUUCACAAGGCUUGGGUAUACUGCGGCAUCGCUAUCCGUAAUAUGCAGGCCCUCUAUAGUUUGCGCAUCGCGCCGUAUCCGCUGGAUGCUGGCGCUGUCCAAAACCCGGAUCCGACGCUGCGCGCCAUUGAGAUUCGGACCUAUUGGGGAUGUUUUAUUAUGGAUUGUAUGGUAAACUCUGGAACCUAUAAUCCACCCAUGCUGCCCAUGUCGGAAAUGAGAAAGCUUAAAAUACCGAAUCCGCCGAGUGUUGUUGAGUAUGCCUUUAGUAGCAUACCUGCAAAGGCAACAGAUGUAUCAUUAUCUGCCCAAUAUCACCCGCGGCAAGAGUUUGAUGUGACACAAGGGUUCGAGAUUUUAGUCACUGGAUUCGACAUUUGGACCAAGUUAAUGACGUUUAUUUUCAAUGAUGGCCGCCGAGCCCCAGGCAUGUGUGCCCCAGCAAACUGCCCUUGGGUAGAGGGGUCGCCGUGGUGGACAACGAGACAAGAAUUAGAGAGCUGGAGAGCAAGUCAGGCGUCCCAGUUGCAAUAUCCAGCCGUUCCUGUGGCGGUGCACAUGGUGCUCAGCUAUGGAGAGACCUUUGUGUAUCUCAACCUUCUAUACUAUGUGAGCACACUGAUGCUACAUCGCGAAUAUUUUCCCUUUUUACCAACGGUCGACUCAGUGCCACAGGGCCCUGUAGACCAUCCUAUGCUGCAGGCUACAGCUCCCGAGAGAUGGUGGAAUGACAGCGCUGCAGAACUCUUUUCCGCUGCUGAGAAUAUAUCAUGUUUAUUGCGCGACGCAGCAGAUUGCGGUGUCCAUUUGAUGACUCCCUUUGUUGGAUUCUGUGCUUUUUCAGCUGGCUACCUGAAUUCAUAUGUAUCCUGCUACCCCAAGAUGAACCUUGGAAGAAGUCUGAACGGAAGUCGUGAUCUGGCACUCUGCAUGGACUAUCUUAAAGACUUCAAAAAUGUUUGGACAAUCGGAGAUGGAUGGCUUAAAACCAUUCAACAUGCAGCGCUUCUGUAUCAACGGGCGUCUGCGGACCGAGGAAGAUAUCACGGAAAGACUAGGGCUGAUUUUGAAAUCUUGCAUCAGUCUGUCCAUGACUUUCGCGUCGUUGACCGCUCGGAUCUGCACACUCAAGAACUGGACGGAGCUGAUCAACGGCGCAAUAAAAGAGUUGGUUAUGGUGACCUUUUGCAGGACAGCGAAAUGGAUGCAAAUGGAUUAUUGAAUCAACUUAUGGCAGAAAUCAGCAGCAACUUGGACGAACAAGGAGCUUGGUCACAGUGGUGGCCGCCAAUGGAAGAUAUAAACCUCCCCCACGAGGCACCGUAAGAGGUGUUGGCGUAUCAUGUAAUUAUAUGUCUAUUUUAAAAUUCUAAUGCCAACUAACGAAUCAUGAG